CUCGCCGAGUGAGUGAGUCCACACAGCAGCCGGAGCCGCAGCAGUGCACGCGCAUCCCGGAGAGAGAACGAGAGAUAGAGAGAGAUAGAUAGUGAGAGAGACCUGCUGCGUUUAGUUUAGUCUGGAGAUUAUCAUCAUCACCAAUUCCCUACAAACAUGGCUGACCAGUUAACAGAGGAGCAGAUCGCAGAGUUCAAGGAGGCUUUCUCCUUAUUCGACAAGGAUGGUGACGGCACCAUCACGACCAAAGAGCUGGGCACAGUCAUGCGGUCGCUGGGCCAGAACCCCACGGAGGCAGAGCUGCAGGACAUGAUCAAUGAGGUGGACGCUGACGGAAAUGGAACCAUAGAUUUCCCAGAGUUCUUGACGAUGAUGGCCAGGAAAAUGAAGGACACAGACAGCGAGGAAGAGAUUCGCGAGGCGUUUCGGGUAUUUGACAAGGACGGUAAUGGCUACAUCAGUGCUGCAGAGUUGCGUCAUGUCAUGACAAACCUCGGCGAGAAGCUGACAGAUGAAGAGGUGGAUGAGAUGAUCAGAGAAGCCGACAUAGAUGGUGAUGGUCAGGUGAACUAUGAAGAAUUUGUACAGAUGAUGACCGCAAAGUGAAGCCGCCUCCUUCUGCCGUGCCCUCUUAGAAGAGAAAAAAAAAUCAGUCAAAUGUUUUACGUACCUCUUGGGAAAAAAAUGUUUAUUUAUUCAUAAUGUUUCUGUUUAAAAAUAAUAAUAAUAAUUGAAUGUUAAAAUAAAGUAUCCUUUUGUCCACACAGAAAAUAAUGGAAAAAAAGUCAAAUAUCUGCAUGAAAUGGUUAGUGAUCAUGUCCCCAAAGAUCAGUCUAGCAUCAGUUAUUCAAGAGAAAAAUAUCCUGUAACUACCUUCAAACUGAAGAAAAACAGCAUUUGGUGAACUCCUUAAGUUCCGUCUGCUCUUGAUAAUGUUUGGGCUGGCCAUCCUCCUUUUGUUCUCUUGUUUUUUUUCUGUUUUUUUCUUCUGUUCUUCAUGCAUGCAGCUUGAGCCCGGAGCUCAUUCUCCAGCCAAUCAGAGCGUGCUGAGUCCACUGAAGUGUUGUAUUGUGUUUUUUUUAGUUUUUUGUUUUUAUUUAAGAGGAACCACAAGUAGAGAGAAAGCUUGUAAAUUCAAGUUCCGAGUGGAAUGGGGCUUUAAGGUAUUGCGGGGGAUAACAAGCAAAAAAAAAAAAAAACAUUUCGAAAUUUUUUGGCAUGAUUUUACUUUUUGUUUAGUUUUUUUUUUUUUUUGUCAAUCAUUUGUUUUUGUUUCAAUGACUUUCUUUUACUGGACGGCCGUCUCUGUGGUGUCUCACCAUGAUGGAGAUGAUGGAGGGAUGUUCGAGAUGGUUGGAGGACUGUCUGAGCCUUCACUUUUCUGUCCUCUGUUUCUUUACUCCUGAACGGUGAAUUCUCCCCUGCAUCUCUUCUGCGGCGGGAGUUUGCACUCCACUCUUCAGUUUGCAUUCAUUCCAAGUUGUACAUGCUACUGUUUUAAUAUUUUCUUCGAAUAAAGUGACCAUGUACUUUA